AUGAAUACCCUCGAUACUGUCGUUACUCCCGAGUCCACGAUCAGUCACAUUUCGCUUUAUGAACAGAAACAUACUAUCAAGGACAUACUCAUCCCGAGUAUGGGCGUCACGUAUCUUCCCUCCCAGUCCAGAAAGAAACAGGAUGUGCCCUUACCAUACACAGCAUCGCCAUGGAAAUUGCUGUGGGCUGACAUCCUUCUUUUCCUACGGAGUCUCUGGAGCCUGCCAGGCAUAAUACUACCCUUGACGCCAUGGAACUCUGGAGCCUUGGACGAACUCUAUCCGUCCAAGGAGAAUUUAUGGGACAUCGUCGUACAUAUAUUUCUAGCUGUCUAUCAGCUCAUCUUUCUCUUGUCGCUGCCUGUACUGUUUAUUCUUGCCUUUCCCGCGCUGGGGAUCGGAAUUUAUAUGACAGUCGCUUUGACUUUGAAUUGGGUAGUCUGCCGAUUUGCCUUGAAUGGGAGUGCCAGGAUUUUGCAGUCGCAAGUGCCUGUCGAACAUCGUCCGGAACACGACCGUGAGCACUGGGUCUUCAUUAAUGGAGUCGGAGCCGGACAUCACUGGCUGCAGAGCAAUCUUGACCGGCUGGCAUAUACAUUCGGCAGAAAUAUUACCGGUGUUCACAAUCCAACAUUCAAAAAAAAUUGUAGAACGGGGAUCGUUUUCGAUAUCAUCGAGUGCUUGAUCCAAAGGAAUUUCUCCUACGCCACCUCGGACGUGAGGGAUGCGUAUGCGAUCAUCAAGGAAGACUUGUUGAAUCCAAAAUACAAGAAGGUGAUCCUUAUUCUUCACAGCCAAAGUGGAAUUGAGGGAGGCUUGGUCAUUGACUGGCUUCUGGAUGAGAUGCCUCGAGAGUUGCUGCAGGAUCUCGAGGUUUAUACCUUUGGUAACGCGGCGAACCAUUUCAACAAUCCGUUUAAAUCAUUGUCUCAAGCUCAUCGGAAUGAAGCUGAAGGCGAAACUCCACAAGUCAGCCCGGCAACAAUAGGGACAAAGACCAUUCGUCGAAUUGAGCACUAUGCAAACUCCAAGGACUUUGUUAGCGUCUGGGGAAUAUUGAACUUUGCCAAUAUACCUAAUCGAUACAUGGGACGAGUCUUUGUGCGGCCUGGUUCCGGUCAUCAAUUCAUCCAGCACCAUCUGGAUACCAUGUUCACGUUAGGGAAGGAUAUGAAGACCCUGGACACGAACGAUUUCAUGGAGAUGGAAGUGGAAGUCCAACCAGAUGACUUACAUAGGCUAAAAGCAGACGGGACAGGUACUGAAGACAGGGUUGACCAUCACGACAUUGACAUUCCAUAUGAUGAGAUGAACGCAAAUGUCUCAUUACUCCAGUCAGAUGGCUCUUUCAGGAGGAAGAUGAAGGUCAAGGAGCUUAGCCGGCUGUGGCUCUAUCGAAACGGUGCAUCACCAAUAGACGGGUCCUGA